AUGUGGGGGGUGCUGGACCACCUUUCCCUUUGCUACCGACUCGGCAAUUUGUCAAUCCUUUUUACCACGCUCUCUCUCGUGCUCGUUCUUGGUAUCCCCUACCCUGCGGCUGCGCAGACCGUCGUCAACGGCCAGAUCUUCACCAAUGGGCUCGCCAUCGUCGAUGCGCCGGCAGUGGGCAGUCAAUUUCACGCAGGCUCGAACAUACCGAUCGCCAUAGACGUUUCUGGUGACGGCAAGCUUCCUCAGGUAGCAGCGAACCCGGAUACAAGCUCAGCCCUCUGGACCGGCUUCGACUCACUCGAGCUUUACCUUGUUUCCUCCCAAACCAACCUCAACCUUACGGUAUCUAAUGGAACGGAUUAUUUAAGUGGAGAGCCCGGAAGUACCGUCAAACAUCUUGACUUCGAUCUACCGAGCUGCGUUCCAGCAGGGGCUUACAAUUUCACCGUAUACGAAAGAUCGCACAUAAACAACGUCUCGUAUUUCUCCAUUACACCCAUCGCCAUCUCCAUACUCAACGAAGGAUCCGCCACCUCCUCCAACGACUCUUGCGAAGCCGCGUCAAACGUUGUGCAAUCUGUCCCACAACCAUCAUCCCCUUUAUUCCCUAACCCCUUGAUUGGUACUGGAUCCGCGACCGUGAUGGAUACCUCCUCCCUCACGAUGCCGACCUCAUACAUAACCUACGCGUCCAGCUAUCCGAUGUACGCAUCUUCGGGUAUGGUCACUGUCACCAUUGGUUCAGGAGGCGUGGUCCUCCCGAGCCCGACUGCUCCUGGUCCUGUGGUGGUUCCCUCGGUCAUCACUACGACUCUCUCCGGUGGCGCAACAACCACAAUAACCUUCGCCUCGUUAUCAACUUCAUCUACCACCACAUCCGCGCCGCCAACGACAGUGACCGACACUAUCACUAUCAUACUUGUAUCCCUCUCGACCAGUGUGACGACGAUAUCUGGACAACCGGUCACCACUACAAGUAACCACUACGACAGCCACAAUGCAAGCGGUCGGGACAGAUACAGGUUUUCUUCCCGUGAACUCUGCGAGAACACACGGUCACUCGACUGUUCUGCUGUGUAUGGUACUCUCUAUGUUGAUUCUCAUUUUGCGAUAACGACUCCUCGGGUGUUUGGGACUUUGCAGCGAGGAGUGAUCCUUCCCUUUGUAAUGCCCAUUGACUUCAUGAUUCCCCACCGACGAGCAGACGAACCUGUUCCCUGCCAGGCGGCUGUCAUCCAAUUCCAGACGACUCUGUUACUUUCCGACUACUACAAGUUCUAUGGCUCCGCAUCCCCCAAUACCUCCGCCGUGACGUAUACCGCUCUUCGAGACGGCUCAUUGAUUGCGCCUCCUCUCCGCCACGAAUUCCUCGUCGUCGCCGCGAACCUUGUCUUGUCCGGUAUCUUCCUAUUGAUCGCGAUCCGAAAUGCCAUCGUCUCGGCGUCUUUCAUAUGGCGUAUCAAGAUUAAGAAGAAAGGUCUUUUCUAUGCACUUUUCGCCAGUCAGUUUCUUGGUCUUGUGAUGCUGUGCGUCAAGUUGUAUAGUACGUUCAGGCCGGAGACCAAUUGUGCAACAACAGGAGCUGUCAUGGAGGUUUUGGAUGGUGUUGCAUCCGGGCUCAUCAUGACCGGCAUAUUUGGCGUCAAAGCUUACCGUUGCCUGAAUAACUCGUGGCUUGCCCUUUUUGUCGUCUCCCUCCUUCAAGUCGCUAUCACCGCCCUUUUAUUGGUGGAUACCUUUCAUCUGGCUGAGAGCAUCAGAAACCUGUCUGGUAUAUGUUCUUGCUUUGUCUUGGGCUGCUUCAUUUUGGCUGUCUGGAAGUCUUCCAGACUGCUGGCAGCUCAAGGUCGUCUUUCUUAUCGUCUCUCCAACCACGAAUCAAAAACCGAGGAACCAGCACCUAGUGUGGGCGGGGCAGCUUUGCGUGCACGAAAGCCUCGUGGUUGGUGGGACUACGUUCCGCCACCAACAAAUUUGGAGUCCAGACAGCCCGUCGUAACCCACACCUCGCUCAACGCGAAAAACGGUGGCUUAUUUUCUGUGCUCAAGGGCCUUUUCAUGGAGGCUGAGCAUGUUGAACCUCCUCGAAAACCAUCCUUACAUAGCGAGCAUCCUCUACCUGCCCAAGCUAGACGUUCGAGAAGCAGAAGCAGUGCGUCGCAGGUAGCGUCAUCCCGGCCAGGACUACUGGUACCACAUCGCCGCAUCAACAUCAAACCCCGCGUCCUCCUAUUCCGUGAAGUCAUGCGAGACGAGCUAUGCUAUACCACCGCGGUCUCCGGUGCCUGGGUCGCAAGUGCUGUCAUGGCUCUGGUCGGUGUGGCCCACCCUAUGUUCAUCGACGACGACAAUUGGCUUUCCCUUAACUUCGCCGUCAUCUCCCUCCUCGCGUGCCACAGUCUCGGUCGUGCCGUCGUUCGCAACGAACAGGAGGCCAUAUUCAGGGACCCUCGGCUCUGGGAUCCCAAGCUUCUCCCCGAUCGUGAGGCCAUAAACCGAAUCAACGAAGGUGGAAGGGGAGACGGGGGGAGGGGCUCGCCUGUGUUCACGCUCAGCAGCCGAGUGGAUGAUGGAAUGACAAGGGGGAUGUCGGAGUCUAGUCAUGGGGCAAGACCCUCGAUCAUCCCGAGUCUCAGGGGCAAUGUUGCAGGGAGUAGAGGCCAUCGUAGUGCUGAGCAUCGGCAGAGUGGCGAAAGUUGGAACAGUACACACGCUUUCUUUCCCCGCGUAGAUGGAGACCAAAGCCGUCGAGGACGUUCAGAUUCGGGGUCGUCUCACGAGGACUCCAUUCCCGAUUCGCCUGCUGUCGACCCUUACAGGACUUCUCCUAGUUUCGCAAACUCGGCGCCUGGACUGGAUGUCGACGCGAUGGACAUCAUUAUCGGGCAUUCGCGAUCCGGCGUAGAACGAUCAGCGACUUCGCCUUAUACCCAGAAUACCCCAGUCUCCCCUGAUCUUUCGCAGUUCAUGAACGAAGAUUCUGACCCGUUUGGCACUCCACGAGCGUAUUGA